AGGGAAGAAGAGGGUGGACGUUACGUAGUACAUUUUCCUCUCGGAGUACCAAUCAGUACAAAUUAGUCGCCAUUAAUUCUACAUCCUGAGAAGCCCCUACUUCAAGAGAUACUAAAACUGAAGCUUUGGUCUUUCCAGAUCAGCUGUCUAGACACCAUGGGUCGCCACUUUGGAAAUUUGGCCAAGGUCCGGCAUGUGAUCACCUACAGUCUAUCCCCGUUUGAGCUGAGGGCCUUCCCAAACUACUUCUCUAAGGGAAUCCCCAACAUCUGGAGACGAUUCAGUUCAUCUUUCUUUAAAGUUGCUCCCCCAAUGAUCUGUGCUUAUGUGACAUACACCUGGGGCAACCAUGUCCAUUUACAAAGCAAGAGGAAGAAUCCUGCUGAUUAUGAGAAUGAUGUGUGAAACCUUCAAUUUCUCUGCUGUCUCUGUGUAUUCCUGUUUAACCCUUCAAUAUAUGUUUCGUCAAUAAAGAUGAUAUUUAUCAAAAGCAA